UUUGACAAAUACCACUACCCACAAACUCUCUCCAAAAAGGGUUCAAAAACCCAACAUUUUUCUACACCACCAAAAACCCAAUUUCCAUCAAAACACUCCAAAAGUCCUUAACUGUCUCACAAACACACACUCACACACACAUACAGAGACGCAGGCCUUAUUCAUGGCUUUGAUCACAUCUCCACCAUCCAAUCCCAAACCCCUCCAAUUUUCUCCUCUCCACCGUGCAACCUGGCGGCCAGGACAAGCCGAACUCGGCCUUUCCCGUGCCAUGUCCAACACUUCUAUGGUCCUAAAUUCUGGUCAUAAUAUUUCAAUGUCUAACAAGCUUUUACUAAACACAAAAUUCUCCAACCAUUUGCAUAAAAAUGCCAAUAGAAGAGUCCCACAUAUAACUAGUGCAGCAUUGGUAGAAGCAACAGAGACAAAACCAGAGCCAGAGGCAGCAAAGCUUAGGAGAAUUUUGUUAUCGGACGUGGUAGUGAAUCAUCAAAGGAGAGUCUUUUAUGGGAGGAAAUGGAAUGCACAUGACUUGGCCAAUGCUACCGUUGUUUUGGCAAUGCAUUGCCUUUGUCUUUUCGCACCAUUUCAAUUCAAAUGGAGUGCACUUUUGGUGGCUGUGUCACUGUACGUUGUAACAGGUCUUUUUGGUAUUACUUUAUCAUUUCAUAGGAAUCUCUCACACAGGAGUUUCAAGGUUCCUAAAUGGCUUGAGUAUUUCUUUGCCUAUUGUGGUGUUCAGGCACUUCAGGGGAGCCCAAUUGAUUGGGUAAGCACACAUAGGUACCACCACCAGUUUGUCGAUUCUGAGAGAGACCCACAUAGUCCCACUGCUGGAUUUUGGUUUAGUCACAUGAGUUGGCUCUUUGAUACCACUUCUAUGAAUGAUAGGUGUGGAGGACCAAACAAUGUUGGGGAUUUACAGAAGCAGCCAUUCUACAGGUUUCUUAAAAAGACCUACAUUAUUCAUCCAAUUGCACUUGGUGCUCUACUAUAUGGCUUGGGUGGAUUGCCCUUCCUAGUGUGGGGAAUGGGUGUGAGGGUUGUAUGGGUUUACCACAUCACUUGGCUGGUAAAUUCAGCUUGCCAUGUCUGGGGAAAGCAACCAUGGAAAACUGGUGAUUUGUCUAGGAACAACUGGUGGGUGGCAUUACUUUCAUUUGGAGAGGGGUGGCAUAAUAACCACCAUGCUUUUGAGUACUCAGCUAGACAUGGCCUAGAAUGGUGGGAGCUCGACAUGACUUGGUAUGUAGUAAAACUUCUACAAGCUAUUGGAUUGGCAACUGAUGUGAAGGUACCAACUGAGGUUCAGAAACAAAGGCUAGCCAUUUAAACGCGGGCUUUAUACAUGUGCUUGUAUGAGAUUGUGAGAUGCUUGGUUAGGCAAUUGAAAAUUUGGCAAUUUCUUGCUUUUGUGAGUGUCAAAUUUCAUACGGUGCGAUAAAUAUAUUGUAGAUGCUAAAGUUGUUACAUAAUAUAUACAAAUCAUAUUUGUUAUCUUUUUUGUA